AUGGAAAAUUUCGACCAAAUACUUGAUCGUUAUGAAAAACUGGAAGUUUUCAAUUAUUUAACAAGUUUAAGUGCUAAAUUAUCUAAUGAAAAUGAAACGAAAUCAAUUCAAGAAUCUGAUUAUUUGAUUUAUUUAAGUCAAUUAAAUCAACUUGUAGAAAAAGCCAAUAUCCCAUUGGAUACGAAAAAGAAGAAACCCCUGGAAGCUUCUAAUUCCCAAUAUGAAGCAAGGCAAGCAAUUUCAUUCAAUAUUUACCGAUUAGUAUCUAAGAAUUACAUUCUGGUUUUACACAAACUUCCUUCCAAAAUUUAUGAUUUAGCUAAUCAAUUGGUCAAUAAUUUAGUAGUUGACGAUAAAGGUGAACUUUCUCCAAUAACUCAAGUAUCAAUUAUUAUUUUAAUUGAUUUAUUUGAAAAUUUCCCAAAUUCAUUGGGUUCAUUAAUCAAUUUUUCUAUAACACAAUUAUACAAAAUAUUGAAAAAAUAUCCCAACAUCAAUAGCAAUUUGAUAUUUUUAUUGAACUCAAUCACAAAAAACGCCACGAAAAUGGAUAUCGAUGAUAAAAUGCAAUAUAAGCUAAUGAAAAUUGUCACCAAAAGUAUUAUCAGUGAAAGUAUUUCCUACAAUAUGGAACUUGAAUGUACUACAAAUGUAUUGAUAAAGAAAAAUUAUGUCUUAUGUUACAAGAAUUUGUUGUUAUUGAUGGUUUCAACAAAUUAUGAAAUGCUUCUUGCUGCAUCGACCUCAUCAACUUCUGCUGGGGCAAAAAUGAAACCAGAAACUAUUAUGAAACAACAACAUGAUUUCCAAAUGAAUUUAUUAACUACAAAUGAAAAAACAUUCAAUUAUUGUUUAUCGAAUUUUUCUAAAGAAAUUAGAAUUGCCAUGGUUGAAUUAUUAGCAAAUUUAUUGAUUAAUUUUGUCCCCACCGGGAAAUUUAAUGCCAUUGAAUAUCUUGUGACUCUUUUCCCAUUACCGGAAUAUAAUCAAUGGGAUUCAAAUCUUUUAAUGAAAAUAAACGACAAUGGUGAACCUAUAGUUGAUAAUAUUAGGAAAGAGAAGAAUACAUUGAUGGGUCAUGAUAGUGAGUCUAUAAUAAAUUCAAGUUUAGAAUUAUCAUUAUUUCAAGCCAGUGUUACUGAAACUAUUAUUUUUUAUUUACAAUUGGAACAAUUUCAGAAUCUUGAAUUUUUAUCAAAUAAUUUAACUUUUAUUUUGGAAACUAUAUUGGCAAAAUUUGUCGAAUUAAAUGAUAUGGAGAAUCAUUUCAUGAAUCAAGAAUGGAAUAAAGUGUUGAAAUAUUGGGGGACAAUCAUUGAAUAUAUUAUACAAGAGACUGGGUCAGCUUCGCAUGAAAUUCUUUGCAGUUUUAUUUAUAGCAAAUUUGUUCCUGAAUCAAACAAUGAAGAUAAUUCUUCACAUACACUGGAUCAACUUGUUAGAACCCAAAGUUUAAAUAAACAAAGAAAAAGAGAAUCUAAAAUGUUUUCAUUCAAGUCAAAGCAAAGCACAAAAAAGAAAACUGUUUCUAAUUGGGAAGUUAAACCAUAUCAAAACCCAUAUCAAGCUUUUUUCUUAUUGUUUAUAAUUGAUAUGUUAUUACCAUAUGGUGUCAGUUUUGAGUCUAUGAAAAAAGACGAAAAACCUACAACAACACCAAAAGAUACGGAAGAAGAAUUGGAUCUCCCAACUAGUUCAUCAGAAAUUGGCUCCUCCUCAUUUAUUAGAGGGGUGUUGCUUAAUUUGAUAGUUAACAAUAAUUACUAUAUUAGAAACUAUGCCAUACAAACGUUAUUAGUGUAUGCUAAGAAUAACCAGGCCGAGAUAAAUCAAUUGAUUUUACAUACGUUUAGAUUAGUGGAUCAAGAACAUAAACAUUCAGAUAAGGAGACACCAGGAGGUGAUCAGAACAUUAUUCCUAUUUCGUCUGUCAGAUUGUUCAGUUAUUCGUUGGCAUUGCUGUCAUUAAUCAAACAAACAGAUCCAGCAUUGCUUCAAAAUCUGACUAUAGUCAAAGUAUUGAGUUUUUGUACUCAAAGUUUAAAACAUAAUACGCAAUCAGGAGUUAAGAAUUCUAGUUGUUGGAUUAUUUUAUCAUCACUUGUCACUUUACACAAUUUUUCAGAAUAUGUUAAAUUAAAUUCAUCUCAAUUUCUUGUGUUUUGGAAGAGUUUAUUAACUUCACAAUUUAUGAGUACUUCAAUAACUGCCAGCACUCCCGAAGGACAAACUAAAGAAGUAAUUCUUAAUUUAAUGUUGAGAAAUUUUAGUUUGGUUUGUUUAUUGAAUUAUUUGAACUCAGUUGAAUUGACACCAGAAUCGUUGAAACAAAUUCAAUUCUUACUUACCAAAUCUUACAAUUAUUUGACAUAUCUUGAAAGUAAUAUUGAAGUUGUUGGUGGGGUUACUUCAUUUAACAAUACUAAUUUCAAUGAGUUAGAUUACAAUGUAAAUAUACUUAGUAAUUUGCUUUACACAAACUAUGCUUUCAACAAUAAAUUGUCAACUGAUAGAGUAUUUAUCAGUCUCAUAUUAUACAGCAAAAAAAUCAUUUUCCAGAGUUUCACUAAAUUGGCUACUUUACUUAAAAAUGAAAUCAAUUCUAAUAUGGUGAUAUUUUUAAUUAAAGUGUUUAGUGAUGCCAAAUUGUUUUCAAGAAUACAAUCCAGUGAAAGUGAAAAAUCCAAAUCCAAAUCAAAAACACUUAAUCAAGUUGCUGAUAUAGGUGAUAAUUUGGUAUUAAAUGAGGAUUACAAUUAUUCAUUUGGUGUUACGAGUAAAUUACAAUAUGAGUCAAUGUAUAUUGAUGAAUUAUUGAUAAAAUUUCCAUUCCAAUUUGGUAUUGAAGAACCCCAAUGGUUAAGGAAAACUUUUACGUUUACAACCACACCAUUGCCUAAACCGUCUAUAGAAAGUGAAUAUUCACCCGAGGCCAGUUCAUGGUUUGAUUAUUUUGAGAAAAUCGCUUUUCUGUCAGUUGAUCAUUCAAUCAAUUAUGAACCAGGAAUUGUAUUGACACAAAAUUAUUCUACUCAUUAUAAAUAUCUGACCAAUUUGACAACAUCAUUAGUUGAUUUAUCUAUUGAAUUAUUUCAAUUGGUGUUUCCUUAUUUGAGUACCAAAAUUCAAUUUUCAUUAUUAGAACAGAUGCGUAAUUCAUUAACAACAAGUUCAGUUGAUCCGUUACGAUUAAAAGCUAUACAAAUAAACGUAUCGGUUACGUUACAUGGAUUGAUUUCAAAUAUUGUCAAGAAGAAAAUUGCGGUUGAAGAAAGUAUUUUGCUUGUAAUCAUUGAUAUUGUGAAAAAAAUGCCCAUAAUGAGAUAUGAUCAAUUAAUCAAAAUCAAUGCGUCAACAUUAGGUUUAGUGUCUCAAUUACUUGAUAAAAAUGGUGUCAGUGGACAAAUCACUACCUUGAUAAAUGAUAUAGUAACAGAUCUGAAUCCAUAUAGAAGAGGAUUCUCUUUAUUGGCCCUAUCUUAUAUUUAUUCCAAUACUAAAUUAGGAUUUUCCGAUAUUUAUCAUAUUUCUUUACAAUUAUUAAAUGAUCCUAAUCCAAUAAUAUAUCAUUUCACAAUUAUUUCCACGAGACAAUUAUUUGAAUUUAAUCACGAUAAUUUACUGUUGAUACCAACAGUUUUGAAUAAAAUUUUUUCCAAUUAUUUGAAUGAUUCAUUUGGUUACGAUUUGUCUAAUAAAGUUUUAAUCAAUUUAGAAACCAAAUAUAAUUCAAUUGCUGAAAUCACCAAGUUAUUGAAAUUGUUUGUUAGUUCAUUAGGACCAGCUUUACGUGAUUGGGAAGUGGAUCAGAAAUUGAAAUUGAAAGAUAUGAUUAUUUCAUUAAGUUAUGGAAUAGGAUUAUCAACAUUGAAUGAUUACGUUGAAGUUUAUAAACAACUAUUAUUAUUGUUCCAAGAAUUGAUUAUAUAUGAUUCUAAUUUAAUGGAAGGAGAAAUCACCUUUUUCCGAGAUUUAUUGAAUUUAAUCAUUUCCAAAAACUUAAAAAUAUCUUUAGCUAGUGUGUCUCCAACAUCAUUGAAUACUGAUACCAUUUUCCCAUUCAAUACUAGUUUUGAUUUAUAUUCUGGCGCAUAUGAAUGUUACUAUGAAUUGUUGAAAAUACUUGGAGUAGACAUUUUGACUCAAGAUACUGUUAAUUUGCUUUGGGUAUCGAUGAAUAUAAAACCUUGUUUGGAAUUGAAACAAUUUAUAAAAUUAUGGUUAGAAAGUAGUUUAGAAAAAAAUUGGUUUGGUAUUUUAAAUUCUUUAUUCAAAUUAAGUUCCAAGAAAUUGAUUGGACCUUUUAUUGAAACCAACUAUCAACAGAAAUUAUUACCAUUACUGCAACGUCAAAAGAAAAAGAAUGCCCAAAAUGUUGAUUUCAGAGAUGAAGAAAUUGAAAAUAUUGUGGGUGAUGAAGGAUCCGAUCUAGAUAAAAAUGAACCCAUUUCUUGGGAAUUUAAAUUAUACAUUUAUGAAUUGUUGAAUCAUUUAUUGGAUUUGGCAGUGGGAAACUCACAAUUAAUUGAAAGAUUGAAACUGAAAAUUCCUGAUAUUGUCAAGCUUUCCUUUUUGGGAUCAACUUCUUCUAUAACAGAAAUAAAAUUAAAAGGUAUUGAAUUAUUGAAUCGCUCAUUAGCAUUGUUUGGAGAAUUAGAGGAUCCUUUAUAUCCUAGUGUUUCUAUUUUGGAACAACAACAAGCACAAAUAAUCAGUGCCUUAAUACCAUGUUUUAGUCCUGGUAACGAUUACAAAGUUAUUGUGAAUGCAAUCAAUGUUUCAUCCAAAUUUAUUAAUCUCCCUAGAAUUAAAUUUUAUUCAAAGCAAAGAAUUUUGAAAACUUUGAUUUAUUUAUUAGAAGAAAUUUCCUCAAAUAAAUUUGUUCGUUUUGCAUUUUUAGAAACCAUGUCAGAAUUUGGUAGAAAAUCCAUUCAAUUGGCCAUUUUAAAUUGUUGGGCAGUAUUGAAAAUUGAUUCAUAUGAAGAUUCUGAAAAUAUUGAACCCGAAUUUGAAGAAACAUUGACAAAUUAUUCCUCAUUGUUGACAUCACUUUGGAUAUUGGUAUUGCGUGAGUUUUCUACAUUGAAAUAUAGUGAAUCAUCAAGUAGAGAAUUAGAAAUCUAUGGUAAUUAUUGGAUAAACUUGAUUAGUGUAUUGAGUUUAGAGCUGGAACGUGAUAGUGAAUUUAUUAAUCAAUAUUUACCAGGAGAUGCUCAAAAUUUCUUUUUCAUUUUGUUUAGUCAGUGUAUGGAAUCAUUAAUUAAGAAUCGGAAAGUUCCGGAAAUCUUAGCUUCAGUGAAAAGAUUGGUCAAGAAUCCAACAUUGGUUACACUUUUGUUUAAUGAUGAAAUAUUCGGAGAGAUUGUGGAUUUAUUCGAUAGAUUAAUUCUAAUUGAUGAUGACACCGAGAUUCAAUGUUCUUUGGUAGAGAUAAUCAGUACUUUAUUCCAAACAUUUGUUCAAUGUCAUCAAGAUAAUUUGGAAUGUGGAUUUGACAAGUUAUUUGAAUUGAUUAGAAUUUCAAUGUUACCAUUAUUCCGUAUAUUACCUUUUUUGCGUUCAGAUUAUGAUGCAAAUAAUGAAAGUAAUCAAUUGAUACUCAAACAUGUUGGUGAUGCCGCAAAUUUGUUGAUUUUGAAAAGAGCUUUUGAAUGUUUAUUAAAAAUGACAGAUUUAUUCCCGUCAAUUGUUCGAACUGAUUUGUAUUCUUGUUUGUUUUAUAUCUUAUCCAAGAUUUACGAAAGUCAGAAUAAAUUACUAAUUUCGGUGGUGGUACCUUUCUUGAAGAAAACUGUUAUUGAUGCCAAAGAAGGUGCUCCUGAACUAAUUACUAUUUUCUACAAAACCAUUCGUCUGUAUUUUGAAAUUGAAGUGGAAAACAAUUAUUCCAUUAUAACAAUGUUGAUACUAGUGACUAAUGGUGGUGUAAAAUUAGAUGCUGACGAAUCUCAAAAGUUGAGCAAUGCCUUGUUACAAUUAUUAGAAAGUAAGGACACAGCACCUACUGGUAUCCAAUGUAUCAAAUCAUUAAUACAAUUUUCUUAUGUGCUGAAAGAAAACAAUUUGGUUGUCAAAUUUUUGGUCAGCGAUCUCAUAAAACACAUCACUAGAGUAAAUGAAGCUGAUGACCAUCAUAAUAUAGACUCGAAAGUUGCCAUUGAAAUAUUAAUGUUGUUUACACGAUUAGUGAUUAAUGAUGAACAGAAACAAAUUGCAUUGUAUUCUGUAAUCAUUCCCGUGUUGGUUAAAUCAGUGGAUGAAGUUGACAAAUUAUAUUUACAUGACAAAUUGAUUGUCUUGGUACAUCAAAACCCAAGUAGUUUUAAACAAGUUGUCAACAAAUAUCUCGAUGACAACCAAAAGAAAUUAACUGAAGAAAUUGUCACUUCAAGUGUUGCAAGAAACUCAGAAAGCAACCAAUCUGUUGAUUCUUUUGAACAAGUUCCCGAAAUUCAAUUAAAGACAUUUGGUGUAUAG